GAACGCAACGAGAGAGCAGAACUUCGCGGAGCAAAUCAAGAACCGAAAGGACCCGCACCGACAAUGGACAAAACUGACGGAGAAAGCGACGAGACAGUUAUGGCAGUCCGCCAGCAGCUGAGCAGACUCACAGAAAGGCAACAUGCCGUAAUCGUCAGAACAUUCGCCAAAAUGGGGAGCAACCCAGUGAGGAAUGCCCUCCAAGUUUUAGUCAGAAGGCAUGCUUCAGUCUACAUGUGUGGCUUGACUGCAAUAAUUCAUUCGAUGAAUCAAGAAGAGGAACUGGAAAUUCAAAUGAAACGAAUCGCUAAGGCACACGUCAAAUGGAACGUGCACCGAAGUCAUGUUGAGAACAUGCUGGACCCAGUACUCGAAGUACUCAAGGAAUGCAACGAUGAUUACGAUGAAGAGGCAAAGCAAGCAUGGACUACUCUGUACGACAUCAUUGCUGAAGUAAUUGAAAUCUACAGAAGGGAAAACAUUCCAAUGGAACCCAAAGAGAAAGCAGAGCUCCGUGAAGGAAAUCAAAAAGCGAAAGGACCCGAUCCGAAAAUCGACGAAACUGAAGGAGAAAGCGACGAAACAGUUAUGGCAGUCCGACAGCAGCUGAGUCGACUCACAGAAAGGCAACAUGCUGCAAUCAUCAGAACAUUUGCCAAAAUAGGGAGCAACCCAGUGAAGAAUGGCCUCGAAAUUUUAAUCAGACUCUUUGCUGAGUAUCCACACUACAAACGAAUAUGGCCACAGCUUCGAGGAAUACCAGAUUCUUCCCUGAUCAACGCCAUCGAAGUCAGAAGGCAUGCUUCGGUCUACAUGUGUGGCCUAACUGCAAUAAUUCAUUCGAUGAAUCGAGUAGACGAACUGGCCAUUCAAAUGAAACGAAUCGCAAAGGCGCAUGUCAAAUGGAACGUGCACCGAAGUCAUGUUGAGCACAUGUUGAACCCGGUACUCGAAGUAAUCAAGGAAUGCAACGAUGAUUAUGAUGAAGAGGCAAAGCAAGCAUGGACUACUCUGUACGACAUCAUCGCCGAAGUAAUUGAAAUCUACAGAAGUAAAGCCCUACCUUCGGUCCCGAAACCUUGUAUGUACCGCACAAUGAUUAACGGUGAAAGUGCCUCUCUAGCGAAAAGCAUUCCAGAGGAAUCCAAAGAGAAAGCGCAAAUGUGUGAAGCAAACCACGAAUCGAAAGGACCCGCUCCGACAACGGACAAAAUUGAAGGAGACAGCGACGAGACAGUCAGGGAAGUUCAUGAGCAGUUAAGCAGACUCACAGAAAGGCAACAAGCCGUAAUCAUGAGAACAUUCACUAACAUGGAGAACGACCCGGUGAAGAAUGCCCUCGAAAUUUUUGUCAGACUCUUUGCUGACUAUCCACACUACAAACGAAUAUGGCCACAGUUUCGAGGGAUACCAGAUUCUUCCCUGAUCAACGCUAUCGAGUUAAGAAGGCAUGCGUCCGUCUAUAUAUGUGGCUUGACUGCAAUAAUUCGUUCGAUGACUCGAGAACACGAAUUCUCGAAUCACAUGAAACGAAUCGCCAAAGCACACGUCAAAUGGAACGUGCAUCGAGGUCAUGUUGAGCACAUGGUGGACCCAGUACUCGAAGUAGUCAAGGAAUGCAACGAUGAUUUCGACGAGGAAAUAAAGGAAGCAUGGACUACUCUGUACGAUAUUCUUGCCGAAGUGAUCGAAAUCUACAGGAACAAGAUGUAA